AUGCGUGUGAGGAUCUCCUCGCGCUCUGUCGCAACUUCAAUUAGAUCGUCUGUUUCUUCAAAUGUCAAUAAAGCCUUUUCCCCAGUUGCAGUUCAAGAACUAACUUCAUUCUUCCGUGAUCAUGGGCCUAAUAUCACAGUUCUCACAGGUGCAGGUGUCUCCACAGACUCUGCGAUCCCAGACUACCGUGGUGAGAAUGGCACAUACACCCUUAAUCCAGAUUACAAACCUAUAUUCUAUCAGGCCUUUGUAGCCUCCAAUGAAGCUCGCCAUCGCUACUGGGCUCGAUCCUUCUUUGGAUUUCCUCCCAUCAUGACCACCCAACCCAACCCAACUCAUUUUGCUCUCACCGCGCUUCAGCAACCUACUCGUGGAUAUAUUCGAACCCUAAUCACUCAGAACGUGGAUGGACUGCACCAAAAGGCAGGAACGACCGAUGUGGUUGAGCUGCAUGGAUCACUGCAUCGCGUUCAAUGUAUGAGUUGUGAACAUGAACAAGAUCGAUCUGAAUUCCAAAAGAUUCUUGCAGAUAUGAAUCCAGAAUGGGACGCACUGCUUCAGAGUCAGACGUCCUCCAGUCUCUAUUCGAGGAUGAAUGCCGAUGGAGAUGUUGAGCUUUUGACACCCGAACAGCAACAACAACAGCAACAGCAACAGCACCAACAAACGCGUAACAAAUUACUUGACUAUCGCUCAUUCCGGUAUCCAACAUGCUCACAUUGUGGAUCUGGCCAUUACAAACCCAACGUUGUCUUCUUUGGCGAAAAUGUCCCUGUUCGUGUCAAGGAGCAUACCUAUCAAGCAAUAUUGGAAUCCGAUGGUCUCUUGAUCAUUGGGUCUUCUUUGGCUACCUAUUCUGCAUUUCGCCUUGUCAAGUUGGCAAAAGAUACGGGUCUUCCGAUUGCCAUAAUCAAUCUUGGUCCAUCUCGUGGUGAUCCAUUGGCAAGCUUACGGUAUGAUGUACCAAGUACUCCAUUACUUAGGGCUGUUGCAGAUCAGCUUGGAUUGGGCCCUAUUCCUGGCGAAAUCAAACACCGCAAACGCUCAUUGAACGUCGUUGGAUCAUAA